AUGUCCACGCCAAAGUCCAACACCGCUCAAGAAGAAGCAGCUGCGGCAGACAUCACCACCGCCACCAAAGAAGAAGCAACAACCAUCACUUGCAAAGCGGCAGUGAUAUGGGGAGAGAAUGAGGUUCCAAAGGUGGAGGAGAUACAAGUUGAAGCUCCAAGAAAGGGCGAAGUGAGACUGAAGAUAUAUUUUGCCAGCAUUUGCCACACCGAUGUACUCGGCUGCAAGGGAUUCCCCACGCCAUUGUUUCCCAGAGUUUUAGGCCAUGAAGGUGUCGGGACUGUGGAGAGCGUUGGAGAAGGAGUGAAGGAUCUGAAGAGCGGUGACCUUGUGAUCCCGACUUAUCUGGGGGAGUGCGGAGAGUGUGAGAACUGCAGAUCCGGAAAGACCAACCUCUGCCAAACAUACCCUCUACAGGCUUUCACGGGCCUAAUGCCAGGGGACGGGAGUAACCGAAUGUGGGUGCGUGGGAAGCCUCUGUACCACUUCCUUAGUUGUUCCACGUGGUCCGAGUACACUGUCGUGGAUGUCAACUACUGCGUGAAGAUCGACAGCAGGAUGCCUCUUCCACAUGCCAGCUUCCUUUCAUGUGGUUUCACUACCGGAUUUGGGGCCGUCUGGAGGGAAGCUCGGGUCCACAAGGGAUCAACAGUUGCUGUCUUGGGUCUUGGAGCUGUUGGCCUAGGAGUGAUAGAGGGAGCUCGAUUUCACGGGGCAUCUCAAAUUAUAGGGAUUGACAUAAAUGAAAACAAGCGUGCGGUUGGAGAGGCAUUUGGCAUGACUCAUUUUAUAAACCCCUCCAAAACAAACGACAAGUCCAUUUCGGAUUUGGUUAAACAACUGACAGGAGGCUUUGGUGUGGACUACAGCUUCGAGUGCACGGGAGUUGCUCGAUUGGUAAACGAAGCCCUUGAAGCCACUAAAGUCGGAAUCGGCAAAAUGAUGAUGCUUGGAGCAGCAACCGAAAAGUGCGUUGAGAUCGACUUUGUUACUUUGUUGAGUUGCAGAACAUUCAAGUACGCCGUCUUUGGCGGUGUUAGAGUCCAAUCUGAUCUUCCCCGUCUCAUCCAAAAAUGCAUCGACAAGCAAGUUAAAAACUUAGACAAGCUUCUUACGCAUCACUUGUUUCUAGACGAUAUCGAUAAGGGAUUUGAAAUGCUGAAAGAACCAGAAUGCGUCAAGGUUCUAAUCUCCAUAGAUCGCUAA